AUGGUGUUUGAAUCGCUAGUAGCCGAUCUACUCAAUCGCUUUCUCGGCGAUUUCGUCGAGAAUCUCGACUCGUCGCAGCUCAAUGUUGGAAUUUGGGGCGGCGAUGUGAAGCUUGAGAACCUCGAAGUGAAGGAGACUGCCCUCGAUGACUUGGAUCUCCCAAUCAAGCUCAAGUUUGGCUAUUUGUCAUCGUUGGUUCUCAAGAUCCCGUGGAAAAAUCUCUACACUGAGCCGGUGAUCGCUAACAUAGACGGACUACAUUUGAUUGUGGUCCCGAACAAAGGCGUCGUGUACAAUGAAGAAAAGGCAAAGAAAAAUAUCACCGAAAUCAAGCAAAAGACGUUGGCCCGUCUAGAAGAGGCUCGAAAGAACAGGCGCAAGCCGGCCGACCCGACAGCCGACUCUUUCGCUGAAAAGAUGGUGACUCAAAUCAUCAAAAAUCUGCAAAUCUCCAUCUCGAAUAUCCACGUCCGCUUCGAGGACAAGUGGACCAAUCGGCACCGCCCGUUCGCCGCCGGCAUCACACUGCAGAAGCUCGAUUUCCAAACCACCGACGAGAACUGGUUGCCCACCAUUCACAAGGAGACGCUCAAAAUUAUCCACAAGCUCGUCAGCCUCGAAAAUCUGGCCGUAUACUGGAACUCGGACGUGACGCUGUUCUCCGAUCUUUCGGAUCGCAAGGAGGUCAAGGAGAAGAUGCUGGCUACAAUUACCACAAAGAACAACCGACCCGAGGGCUACAAAUACAUCUUGGAGCCGAUCAAAAUGGAGGCCAAGCUGCAGCUCAACCAAAAGCCGGAGACAGACGGAAGCGGCUGGUCGAUCCCUAAAAUUGACCUCUCUGUCGACAUGAAGGCGCUGGCGUUGACGAUUGGAAAGUUCCAAUAUCAAGAUGUGCUCCUUUUCCUGGAGGCUCAGGAGCGCUUCACACUGGCCGGCCAAUAUCUCAAAUAUCGGCCUGCGCACGUCGUUGAUUACAAAGGCCACUACAAGACCUGGUGGAAAUUCGCCUACACUUCCAUUCUGGAGGAAAAAGUUCGGCGGCGUCGCCGAAACUGGAACUGGAAGCGUAUGAAGGAGCAUCGGCAACUUGUGCGCGAUUAUCGGGAUGCCUGGGUGAAGCAUCAGACCGAGAAGAGCCCGGGCAGCCAUGUGACGGAUCUUGUCAAAAAGGCGGAGGAUCGUCUUGACGUCUUCAACAUCAACAUUGCUCGUCAACAGGCCGAGAUGGAGAUUGAUCGAAAGGGUCUGACGCGUAUUGAGGACCAGCCCCCAAGGAAUUAUGGGCUGGGCCAAGAGCUGAACAAAGACGUCGUCUCCCAGUUUGAGGAGGCGAUGACGCCUGAGGAGAAGGCGAAACUGUUCGAGGCCAUCGACUACCAGGAAAAUAUCCCGCCUACCAACUACCCCAAGGAGUACGUCGAGAACAAGUUGUCGUUCCGCCUUGGCGAGAUCGCGAUCAACGUCGAUCAUGCGGUGUCGAUGAAAUUGCUGCAGCUCGACGCCUACAUUGCUCAGCGUCCAAGUGCCGGCGCCAUCAACAUCAAGUCCGGCAUCAAGGAGCUACGAAUGGACGGUUGUGGCGCGGAAAUGUUGCGAGUUCGCGACGCGACGAAACCGUGGCUCGACCUGGAAGUUGACACAAAUCCGCUUCACGGGAAAUACGACCAAAAGGUGGCGCUCUCCAUCGCUCCGGUCACCCUCAAGUACCACGCGCCCGCCGUCAAUGCAGCCGCCGACGUGUUCAAGCCGCCAGAGUCGGUGCGGUUGAACCAGCUGACCGCUGCGGCCAUGUCGAGAUACGAGGAGGUGAAAACUCGCUCGGUUACCGGCCUGGCCCAUGCCGUCGAGUUCAAGAAGAAGCUGGUGCUCGACAUUUCCAUCAACCCGGCGACGCUGUUGAUUUCGGAAGGCGGCGUGUAUGCCCCUGAAAAGCCGACAAUCAUGGCCGACCUCGGUCUGCUGACUAUCACGACGGUCGACCAGCAAGUCCAGGAAGGGAUGGACAAGAUGGCGCGGCUGCGUGAGAUGGCCUACGACAAGUUCCGGGUGAAGCUCAGCAAUGUAGUGAUUGCGUUUGCGGAGGAGAUGGAGAAAGCGCAUGAGGCCAUCAAGCUGCCCGAAUCACCGCUGCACAUUUUGAAGCCGACGGGUCUGGACAUUCAGUUCCACAAGAGUGGCGUGGAGGAUCUGAGCUUGCCAAAGAUGCGAAUUAUCGGCGACCUUCCCGACAUCGUGGUCGUCAUUUCGGACAAGCGUCUCCUGAUGCUGAUGGACCUCUCAAUUCCAUCCCCACGCCGAAGCCCGAAGAAACCCCGGAAAUUCUCGAAGAUUUGCCGGCGA